CCGCCCCGCACCGCGGGAGAGCCACCGGCCCGCCCGGCGAGCCAGCUCGGUCCCGGCUCCGCGCCUGCCCGCCUGCCUGCGCUCUUCCCUCCGCGCCGUCCGCCGCGUGCCUCUGCCCCGGGAUGCCUCCCAACCUCACCGGCUAUUACCGCUUCGUCUCCCAAGAGAACAUGGACAAUUACCUGCGGGCUUUAGACAUCAACGUGGUCCUGCGAAAGCUGGUUUGCCUACUGAAGCCGGACAAAGAGAUUAUCCACACGGGGGAUCACAUGAUCAUCCGCACUAUCACCUCCCUGCGGGACUACGUUAUGGAUUUUGACCUGGGAGUCCAGUUUGAGGAAGACCUGGGACCCGUGGAUGGACGCAAGUGCCAGACCACCGUCUCCUGGGAGGGGGAUCAGCUGGUGUGUGAGCAGCUGGGAGAGAAGAGGAACCGAGGCUGGAGGCACUGGCUGGAGGGGGACCAGCUGCAUCUGCGCAUGACUGCUGAAGACGAGGUCUGCGUCCAAGUUUUCCAGAAGGUGAAGUGAGCGCAACCCGCAGAGAUGCCCGGACGGGACCCGCGCUCCCUAGGGCGAGAAAGAAAAAGAAACAAGACCCGAGCGAGCCUCUCCCCCA